AUGGGGGUCAGGGGGUGGGAGGGGGGGGGGGGGUGGGGGGAGAGGGGGGCGCUGCGGGUGUGGGGUAUCUAUGGGGGGGGGGGGUGGGGGGGUAUGGGGGGGGGUGGGGGGGGGUGGUGGUUGGGGGGGGGGGGGGGGGGGGGGGGGGGGGGGGGGGGGGGGGGAUUUGGGAUGGAAGGAUUUAAUAGGGGGGGAGAGGGGGGGGGGGGGAAUGGGGGGGGGGGGGGUGGGGGGGGGGGGGGGGGUGGGGGGGGGGGGGGUGGGGGGGGGGGGGGGGGGGAUAGGGGGGUGGGGGGGGGUAAUAAUGGGGGUGGGGGGGGGGGGGGGAGGGGUGGGGUUUGUGUGGGGGGAGUUACAGGGGGGGGGAGGGAGAGGGAUUGUCAGGGGGGGGGGGGGGGGGGGGGGGGGGGGAGAAGGGGUCUGGUUUAG